CGGGCCAGCUUCCACUCUGUGCUUAUCACCGCCGCUGCCAUGACCUCGUUUGACGACAUCUUGGAGGAAGCCGGGAAGUUCGGCCGCAGCCAGAGGCGCAUUUUCGCCCUGCUAUGCUUCGUGUCCAUGCCCUGGGCCGGCGUGUACGUGGGCAUCGUCUUCCAGGGAUUCACCCCAGACCAUUGGUGCCGUGACGACGCCGUCCAGCAAUGGAGGAAAACGUGCGGUCGGAGCUUGGCCGAUGGCCGAAGUGUGAUGGCGCCGCUGGUGAACGUGUCCGGUGUGCUGCAGCACAGCAGCUGCGAGCAGUACGACGUGGACUGGAACGCCACGCUCACCUGCGAUGCUCAAAAGAUGGACCUGAGCAGCACACCCACAACGCCCUGCAAGAGCAGCUGGGAGUACGACUAUGAGGGGAGGCAGUCCUUCGUCACAGAGUUUGGCCUGGUGUGCUCUGACGCUUGGUUGGUGGACAUGUUCCAGGCCAUGCUCAACAUCGGCUUCCUGCUGGGCAGCAUAACCAUCGGUUACCUGGCCGACAGGUUUGGCAGGAGGUUAAGCUUCCUGAUGUCCAACGUGUUCAACGGGAUUGCGGGGAUCCUGGUGGCUGUGGCGCCCAACUACGUGUCCAUGUUGAUCUUCAGGAUGCUGUACGGCUUUGGCGUGAAGGGAGGCUGGAUGGCGGGAUACGUGCUGAUCACAGAGAUCGUGGGUGUGGAGUACAGGCGCACAGUGGGCGUGGUUUACCAGAUGUUCUUCAGUGUAGGUCUCCUGGUGCUCCCCCUGCUGGCCUACUUCAUCACUGACUGGCGAUGGCUGCAGGUCGUCAUCACUGUGCCCUACAUCUUGUUCAUCAGCUACUACUGGUUCAUUCCGGAAUCUCCAAGAUGGCUGCUGUCCCAGAACAGGAAGUCCCAAGCUGUGGCAAUCACUGAGGCCAUGGCCAAGGAGAACAAGAGGACUUUGUCCAAGAACAUUGAGACUUUAACUGAUGAAAACGCUGAUCCUUCUGCCACCGCCUCCUUCAUGGACUUGAUCAAAACGCCCAAAAUGAGGAAGCACACCUUCAUCCUCAGCUUUAACUGGUUUACCAGUGCAGUGGUCUACCAGGGUCUGAUUAUGCGACUGGGCAUUAUGGGAGGAAAUGUCUACAUCAGCUUCCUCAUCUCCGCUCUCAUGGAGUUUCCCGCCGCUUUGCUCAUCCUCUUCACCAUCGAGCGUGUUGGCCGCCGCUUGCCCUUUGCCGCCGCCAACGUAGUGGCCGGAGCCGCUUGCUUCAUCACCGCUUUCCUUCCAGACAGUGUGCCCUGGUUGAAGACGGCAGUGGCCUGCGUGGGCCGACUGGGCAUCACCAUGACGUUUGAGAUGGUCGUCUUUGUCAACACGGAACUCUACCCGACGUUCGUCAGGAACCUGGGUGUGUCCGUGUGUUCCACACUGUGCGACAUCGGCGGCAUCGUUGCUCCUUUCCUCCUCUACCGGCUGGCCACCAUCUGGCUGGAACUACCCCUCAUAAUUUUUGGCAUUCUGGCUUUUUUGGCCGGCGCGUUGGUCUUGCUGCUCCCGGAAACACAAGGCGUCCCGCUGCCCGACACCAUCGAUGACAUCGAGUUCCCUGACAAGGUGAAGCUAAAAGCCAUGCAGAAGAACCAGCAGUUGACCACGCUCCUUCCCCCCGACGCCAACAUUUCAAGUAACCAAAACCCAGCAAGCGUUUGAAAUCCUCCAAGUAUUUAUUCACGUUCUGUCACCUCCAUCCGUGCUUUUGAUGGCCUCCACACUAAGGUAUAAUUGAUUCAAAUAUUGUUUUUAUUGUAAUUAGUGACCACCAAUAGUUGAAUAAAGAGUGUUCUAUUUGG